GCUAGCUGCUUGGCCGUUGGAAGAAUGCCCUUGCGUAUCGGGUGACCCAUGGACCAAGGGCCUUUGCUCGUCGCCGAGCUCGCAGUAAGGGGAGUGCUACUAGCGGCUGCUUGUAUCCCGUGUCACAAAAGCACCUUUCUGCGCUGAGAAUGAGGCCACAGCACAGUGGUUCUGUAUGGGUCUACCAGCCUCUACCCUCGUUGGAUUUCAGACCUCCCCCUAGUUCUUCCAGUAGACACCCUCAUUGGUGAGCUUGUUCUCUUAUUGCUGAGAUCAGAUGGUCCGUGAGCACCUGGGGAUGCAUCCAAACCACCGGCUCAGAGGAUAAAUGACAAUACCACUUAUGCAUAACUUGAUCCCGAAGAACCAUGAGGCUCAUCUCGCGUCAGUUGACUCUUCUGGCCGUCGUCAUGGUGGCACUCAAUGUGACAUCCUGUAUUGAGGCCAAGAUGACACCCAAGCCCAAGUACCAGUACACCAAGAAGCCUGUCUCUCAGGUCACGGUACACAACCCCGGGAUGCCCGGCACACCAAAGCCUAAGACGGGCAGCAACCCUGCGGAGCUUCUUCACCCGCUGCCCACCUACCCCAGUCAUGUUUUUCCUCAGGACCACACCGUGAGCACGGAGCACCCCAGUGUAGGUGCUGACAACUACACACUGGAUUACAAUGAGUGUUACUUCAACUUCUGCGAGUGCUGUCCACCUGAGAGAGGCCCCCAAGGGCCAAAGGGAGACGGUGGCCCAGCAGGGCCACCAGGGGAAAGAGGUUUUACCGGAUCAGUUGGCUCACCUGGACCACAGGGUGCGAGUGGUCCUAGGGGAGUCAAAGGAGACAAAGGGGGAAAGGGGGAAAGAGGAAACACUGGCCCAGGUGGAUACCCUGGAGUUAUGGGGAAACCAGGGCAAAAAGGUGAUGGUGGCCUAAAAGGACAGAAAGGUGCGACAGGUGUGCAAGGCGUCAAAGGCGAAGGAGGGCAGAAAGGCGAACAUGGACAGAAUGGAACCGCUGGUGAGAAAGGAGAACCAGGAAAAGAGGGGCCGACUGGACCCCCCGGAGUAACUCUUGGUCCUAAAGGAGAUAAGGGUGAUAAGGGAGAGUGUGGGACAUUUGGGGAGAGAGGGUCAAAAGGUGAUCGCGGAGACACUGGCUCUCCGGGAAUUCCGGGAGUGAUGGGAAUCCCCGGAAUCAACGGCAAGCACGGGGCUCCGGGUCCCAUCGGUGUCCGUGGGGAUCCUGGACCACCUGGAGCGCAGGGAGAAUCCGGGGUGAGAGGGGCACAGGGACCACAAGGUGUUCGAGGGGUUCAGGGGCCAAAAGGGGAUAGAGGUUACCACGGAAUGAGAGGGGAGCGGGGAAUGCGUGGCUUCAAAGGAGCGAAGGGUUCAGGCGUCCCCCAGAAACGGUCUGCCUUCAGUGUGGGCAUCUCACCGAGGAAGUCCUUCCCUCCGUCCGGAUUCCCAAUCCGCUUUGACAAAGUGUUCUACAACGAAGACAACCACUUCAACGUCACCAGCAACAGCUUUUCGUGCGUCUACGCCGGCGUGUACGUGUUCUCUUUCCACAUCACUGUACGAAAUCAACCCCUACGUGCAACGCUGGUGGUGAAUGGCUCGCGGCGGGUGAGGACACGGGACUCGCUGUACGGCCAAGACAUCGACCAGGCGUCCACUCUGGUGGUGCUUCGUUUGGCGGCGGGUGAUCAGGUGUGGAUGGAGACCCUCAGAGACUGGAACGGCGUGUACGCCAGCAGUGAGGAUGACAGCAUCUUCUCCGGAUUUCUACUUUACUCACCCUGAUGUUGAAUAUAUACCCUCUGAUCAAUUGGGGUGGCGGUGGACCGUAUACUCAUGAACUGGACUUUGUGGUACAAGUAGU